AUGGUCCAAAAAGUUGAGCCUCCACCUGUAUGGUCGAAGUGGAGGCUGCCGCCACUGGGUGAAACGCCGCAAAAGGCCGUUCACCUCGGAUGCGUGGAUGAUUUGGGUGUAGAGAGAGAGAGAGAAGUAACACUCCCCGCUCAGUACGCCCCCUCCAUCUCCACCCCCGCCCACAGCUCACCCCCCGCAGAAAUGUUCGCCGCCAGACUCACCCCCGCCCUCAGGGCCCUCCCCCGACAAGCUUCCGCCGUAAGAAUCGCCCGCCGUGGCUAUGCUGAGGCUGCCGCCGACGGCAAGCUCUCCUUGAGCUUGGUCCUCCCCCACCAGUCCCUUUACUCUGCUACUGGUGUCACCCAGGUCAACAUCCCUGCCGCUACUGGUGACAUGGGUAUCCUCGCCAACCACGUCCCCUCCGUCGAGGCUCUCCGGGCCGGUGUCAUUGAGGUCAUUGAGGAGAACGGCCAGCCCAGCAAGAAGUGGUAUAUCUCUGCUGGUUUCGCCACUGUCCACGCCAACAACACCCUCUCCGUCAACGCCGUUGAGGCUUACCCCCUCGACAAGUUCUCCCCCGAGAACAUCAAGGCCGCCCUCGCCGACGCCAACCGAGUCCUUGGCUCCAACGCCCCCGAAUCCGAGAAGGCUGAGGCCAGGAUCGAGGUCGAGGUCUUUGAGGGUCUCCAGGCUGCUCUCGCCAAGUAA